AGGUGUGUCCAAAACAAAGGAGGAAGCAGUUUCCGCCGGCUUUCCCACGCCUGCCACAGUCAGUCCGGCCUUUGGUUUUUGGGAGGGUCUGCGCACCCCGCUCUCUCCUUUUUAAGAAGUCACUUAAUCUCGGCUUUACUAUUUCCGCAAACUCUUCCUGAUUAGUCUUGUACGUCUAGAGACUGAAAAGUACUGCAAAGAAGGGAGGAAGGGGCUGUACAAGAAACCAGCAAAACUCAUUCCCUGUGGGGCUUCUUGGAGAAGGGUAAUUUCCUGCCUUCUUAAACCCGCUGCCUACAUCAGUCAUUUUGCUCUAUCUCCAGAGCUUCAGUUGCUCGUUCACUUCCCAAUUCCGCAAGAUCCCUGGGCAGCAAAGAAGUAUGGAGAAGCGCCUGCAGGAGGCUCAGCUGUACAAGGAGGAAGGGAACCAGCGUUACCGAGAAGGGAAGUACCGAGAUGCUGUAAGCAGGUACCAUCGAGCGUUGCUUCAGCUGCGAGGUCUGGAUCCAAGUCUGCCCUCCCCGAUACCUAACAUAGGACCUCAGGGCCCAGCCCUCACACCUGAACAAGAGAAAAUACUGCACACUACCCAGACAGACUGCUACAACAAUCUAGCUGCCUGUCUCCUUCAGAUGGAGCCAGUAAACUACGAACGAGUGAAAGAAUACAGUCAGAAAGUCCUGGAACGACAACCCAAUAAUGCGAAGGCCUUGUAUCGGGCUGGCGUGGCCUUCUUUCAUCUGCAGGACUAUGACCAGGCUCAGCACUACCUCCAGGCAGCUGUCAACAGGCAGCCAAAAGAUGCCAAUGUCCGGCGGUACCUCCAGCUAACACAGUCGGAACUCAGUAGCUACCAUCAGAAAGAGAGGCAGCUCUACCUGGGCAUGUUUGGUUAACAAAGAAGAAUGAUGCUCCUCCACUUGAACUUGAAAGUUAAAGACCAAUUGAGGGAAGCCUCCGCAAGAGAAAUUAACCCCAUACCUCUGACGCGGGUGGAUUUCUGUUUUGUUUCUAGCUCUGCACAAAUUCUUUGGGACUUACACAGUCUUUUUUUUGGUGGUGGUGAAGUCAAUCUAUGUAUUUGUAUAGCUUUCCAUACAUGAUAUUCUUGGGGAUAUUUGCCUUGAGAAAUAAAAUCAGCUAUAAAUGCAGUUAAUCCUCUAUGACAUAGAUUUUAAUGAUAGAUAUUUUUACAUGUAUCCAUAUACAGUACAAGAAGGUUAGUAAAGGAUGAAAGAAUGAUAAAAGUUUUUUCUUUGUUUCCUCAUGCCCAAAGCCAAAGUCACACAAGUCACAAACUUGGAAAUAUAUUUUUGUGAAAUAGAUGAUUAUAAAUUGGACCCAUAUGACUUAAAAGGAAAGAUUUGAAAUUAACCUCCUUGACUAAAUCAAUUCCUUAUCCUUAAUAUUCCACAUACAUUCCAGUUCUUUGUACCCCUGCCCCAAAAAUACCUGGUUCCUAUUUUUUUCUGGUGAUAAUUUCUAGUCCCUGCUAGUGUUCAUACUUAGAGCAUUCAUACAGUAUACUUACUUAUUUUUUCAUUGAAUUCUUCUAUCUUAAAACCUUGAGUCAAGCACUUAAGUAUUUAAUAAUUCUUCAGCUCUCAUGCCAAAAAAAUAAAAAACCCAAACAAACAUUUUAAUUUUUAAUACGUGCAUAUCUGUAUGCUCAUUUUUCUAAAAAAAAAAAAAAAAGGAAAAACAGAUUGCUGAGUCUUCUUGAAACAAUACCACGAAA